AUGUCUUCCGAAGACAAGGAAAUCGACCCCUCGGAGUUUGUGCAGCGCAUCCGACGCCUCGGCGACCAGCGAGACCAAGAGGAUGCCGAGCGGGUGAAGAAGUUGGAAGAAGAUUUGAUACAAGGCCGCAGCGAGAGACUAGCGCGGCGAGCAGCUGCUGAUAAUUUGCCCAAAACAGAGCGAGCGCGGUCAAUCUCUCCCGACAAGCCAUAUACACCGCAAUCGCCACGCUCUGCAGCCGGCACCCCGAGAGCGGUACAGGAACAGGCUGCCAGUACGCCCACACCGACCAUGAGCCCGCCGGCACAAGACGUCGUGGCCCGCGCCGAGGAGGAGCAGCCCGUGACACUCGAAGAUGUAGAACCUAAGAAGCCUGCGACCAGCGCCGCCGCUCUGGGACGAUCAGGGACGCUCUCGUGGAAGCAGAGGCCGCAAUCGGGCAGCAUACGGCGCCCGCUCUCGGUAGCAGGGCGCUCCCCCGAACGACCGUCGACUACAAACACAGCAGAGCCCUCUUCGCCCGACGUAAACCCCUCACGAAGCUCCAUUGCCGCCUCGCUAGGUGCAAAAGACCCUGCUUUCUUCCGACAGUCAGCCGACGGAGGGAGGGGCUCAGCUGCUUUUAGGAAAAGCCAAGACGACACCGCUUCCGACGCAGACUCAGUCUCGGCCAGGAGACAGCUUCCAGGCAUGUCACGCGACUCGACUAUAGAGCCAGAAGUUGGCAGUCCGCCUGCUGAGAGCGUACGCUCGAGCUCGCCGGGGUCACGAGGCGGCUCCAUGCGAGGGAGCACCGCCAUGAGCAACCGCUUCUCCACGAGCACAUCCAUAUCUGGCGGCGAUGCAGACCCGAGUGCAAAGGGACGGUCGCCGUUGCCGGUGCUUGAGUCGCAAAAGUUUGCGCUACCCUCAGAGCCCGCCUCUUCUGUUGACGGCGGGGACAAUGAGCGCGCAGCACGCGGGAUGGCCAUGUCGCCGACCCAAGGGAGGAUAUCGCCAGAAAGGGAGCGCUCUGCGUCACCGACAAAGGGCAUGGGCGGCUUCGUCCAGAGCGCCAUGCUCAAGCGCAGCGACAGUGUGAGCAAGCGAUGGAGUACGCAGAACCCGCCAGUUCUGAGCAGGCAAAAUUCCUCCUUCAGCAACCGCUCGAGCGCCAUGGCAGGCUAUGGCACCCUCUCCCUCCUCGAGCGGCCCGCGAGCAGAGACAACUUUGGCGAAUCCUCUUCGCGUCCCACCUCGAGCUACAGCAAUGCAACUGUUACUGUUGCCGACAAGGAUGCCGCGCCGAAAGAAGAAUUUGUCAAGCCAGCCCUCCCCCGCCACAGCAGAGCCAAGUCGGUCGCGUCAACGUUUAGCGAAAAGGACGCACAACUACAAGACGAAUCUCCUCCAAGCCCUUCGAAACGAUGGAGCCCUACAAAGACAAAGUCGAGUUGGUUGGAGAGUGCGCUGAGCAAGCCAGAGUCACCUAAGACGAUGAAGCAAUCAGCACCAGCGCAGCCCGCUUGGAUGGCUGAACUCAGUCGCAUCAAGCAGCAGCGCAGUAGUGUCGAUCUAGGCAAGGGCAGUCCGUUUGGCGAGCCGCCUGGGUCGGGUCGGACGUCACCCAUCAAGGAUGUACAACUGAAGCCUGUGGGCUUGCGCAGGCCCGAAUCUCCAAAGAAGGAGGAGCACAUUGUCGAGCCCAAGAAGAUGGACACAGUGAAGGAGCAAUCUCCAGCGCCUUUGUCUGUAUCGACUCAGAAGCCAAAGCCUGCGGAGGAGGCACCACCAGUCUCAGACGAGCCCGAAGCCCCAAAGGAGCCUUCCGGUAAGGCUGCAGAGGAAGCACCCGCACCAGCUUCUGUCCAGUCACCCACCUCUCCCUCAGCAACUGAAGAACCAUCAGCGCCGACAAGCGCGAAGCCGGUAGCAGCGAGAUUUAACAAAGACAUGGGCAAUGGCUUCCCAGUGGCCAAGACAGAGCCCGCGCCGAAGAAGGAUUUCCGCGCCGGACUGAAGUCCCGUCAACUACCAGUAAACAACUCCAAGGAUAACGAAGUGAACGAGUUGCAAAACGUCUUUGGCAGAUUAAGAAAGACAGAGACGAAGAACUACGUGGCACCCGACGUCCUCAAAGAUAACAUAACGCGGGGCAAGGGUGCUUUGAACAUAACUGGUGGUCCCAAGCCUACUGUGCGGAAAGAUGAGUUCAAGGAGAGUCUCCUCAAGAAGAAGUCGGUCAUCUUCGACAAGGCGCAAGCAGAGGGCUCCGUCCUGAAAAGGUCAGACAGCAUAUCAAAGCCUGCUCCUACACCAGAAGCUAUUCUGAAGUCAAAAGGUCUUCACCGGGCAGAUAGCGACCCUAAGACCACGGCCUCGAAAGAAAAAGAGCCUAUACCAGAGGCCCUCGCCAGGAAGAAGAGCUUAAGCGCUGUCAGACCCAUCAUGAACGACAAGUCAGCAUCGCCUGCUCCCCCAUCUCCAACCAAGGAACCGGCCAUGUCUGGUAAGCUAGCGGGACGUUUCAACCCUGCAUUAGCCGGUAUGCUCGCUCGAGGACCGCCUCCUCAAGCGACGAACAAGUCUACAUCAAGUGCUGAGGUAGAUGCGUCACCUACCAGGCCUGCGCAAGAGAAGACCGGACCUGCACCAGAACUGCAACACAUGACCAAGGGUCGGGCCCGUGGACCCAAGCGACGAGCGCCGGCGUCGAAACAGACGGCCAGUGAACCGGAAAAGGCUGAAGAGAAGGUACAUACUGCUGCUGCUGUCCCCUUGGUGAAUUCUGAGCGUGCAAUUGCUAGCUCUGAGCCUUCCAAGACUAACGGAAACCCAGAGCAGCGACCAGUAGCCAGAACGCCAGCCAGUAGAUCAUCGACCGAGAAGCCUGCCACACCAGCCAAGUCCGCACGUAUAUCUUCGGGUAACUUUUCAAAGACCGCCACACCCGAGUCGUCCAAGAAACCAGAACCCGUGGACCAAGACCGAAGGGUAUCGGGGUCUCAAGUCACACCCAAGCCCUCUCCCCGACCAGAGUCCAUCAGCUCUCCUAAGAUUGGUUCGCCGGGAAUCCCCAAGAAGCCUACAUCCCUAGAAUUUGAGAAGCGUGUUUCCGGGUCGUAUAGCACGCCGCAAAAGUCGCCUCUCCCGAAGCAGGUCGAAACUCCAAAAGCCAACUCACAGUGCCCCAAAUGCACGCCACUCAGAGGAAUUUCAACGCCCAACGUUGAGAUCUCACCAGCCACCAAUCAGCCCUCACCCCAAAAGACCGGCUUUUCAUCAGUCAAGAAUGCUACCAGCAUGUGGGGCAGACCGACAACAUCCUCAUCACCCGCACCAGUGAGAGCACCGAUCAAACUCCCUACACAAGCAGACGAACGAGCAGCGAUGAAAGAUGCCGGUCUCGUCCGCUCUCCAGUGUCAGAAGACAAGGCCCUGCCUGAAUCCCCUCGACCAGAGCCUGUUCCGCCAAAGCCGAGGCCUGCUGGGUUAGGUUUCAGCUUGGGAAGCUUGAGCGGGUUGGUCGCAUCACGAUCACGUGACUCAACGCCACAGCUGCCUAGGAAUGCGCCCAUGUCACCACCAGGAAGCGCAAACAGACCGUUUUCUGAACCUCCCGUUUCACCGGUCAAAAAGCACGAUGGAAUGUUCGCAGACUUUUUUGACGAUGCUCCGGUGACAGACACCCAGCUUCCGGACAACAUAGACACAAUGCACACACUAAAGUCACCACCGCUUGAUCUCGGUCCGACAGGCAAAAUUCGUACACUGCGCAAGAAGAUUGAAGAAGUAACAGGCGAUGGUAGACUUUACCCUAUCCUAGUUCAUGAGGAGCACAUAUUGUUUCAAGACUCAAUGUACUUGUGCACACACAUCUAUACAGAUUCAAAGGGUGUUAAGCAUACCGAUGUCUAUCUAUGGUCGGGCAAUGGUGUGCCAGAGCCCACACUGGAAGAUGUACAGCUGUUUGCCAAGAACCAUGCACGCCAGAAUCAGGGACGCCUCAUCGUUAUGCGUCAAGGCCAAGAGACACCCAACUUCUUCGAAGCCCUGGGUGGUAUUGUAAUCACAAGACGUGGUGCAAAGCCAGGAGCAAAGCAAUUCAUGCUAUGCGGUCGCCGCCACCUCGGACACCUCGCAUUUGACGAAGUCGACUACGCGCUCAAGAGUCUCUGCUCCGCAUUCCCCUACCUAAUCACCACAUCCACCGGUAGAGUGUACCUCUGGAAGGGCCGGGGCUGCUCGGCCGAAGAAGUGUCAGGCGCGCGUCUUAUGGGCAUGGACCUAGCACCGACAGGCGAUUACGCCGAGAUUGCCGAAGGCUCUGAGCCCCAGGACAUGCUCAACACAUUCCCACCAUCGCUGGUUCCAAACAAGGGGCCGGCCAUCCCCCGGUCCGCAGACCACUGGCGCUACAAGGCCACGUCGGACAAGUAUCGCGUCCGCCUCUACAAGAUUGAACAGACGACGGGCCAGCCGGCUGGAUGGGGCCAAGCACUCCAGGUGAGCAGCUCCUUUUUCGCGCCGCUGCUACGAAGACCAUCUUGGAACGCUGCUGAACAGAGGCCACAGACGCCAAUUACGCCAAAGUCGCCCGUCGGGACGGUCAAAACCGAGAUCAAGGAAAUCAUGCCCUUUUCCCAGCGUGAUUUGGAGCCGGAGAAUAUUUACGUCCUUGAUGCCUUUUUCGAAAUGUACAUCAUCGUCGGCCCCUUGUCUCGCUCACAAGCCCCCGCCUUCUCCACCGCCCUCAUGUUCGCACAAGCCUACGGCAUGCUCGCCGUCUCAGAAGAAGACCGGCCCUUUAUGCCCGUCACCACCGUCGUCCUAGAGGGCGUGCCCCGCGACAUGAAGGUCCUGUUUAGACACUGGGACGACAAGUUGAUUCCUGCUGCGGGUCUCAUGAGCGGUAAGUUGGGUAGGGGCAAGAGUCUGAGGAUUGUGGGUUUGGAAAAGGCUAUUGAGGGGACGAGGAGGUAGUUGUGAUGGUUUUAGGGCAAUGAGAGAUGCUAGGGACG